AGCGGGCUCCCAAAGUUCAACGCCGCGCCGAGCUUCAAGUUCACGCAAUCGCCGAAUCCAGGCUGGAAAUGGGGAGAGGGACUUGCGCCUGAAUCAAGCCCGUUGGCGAAGGAGUGGAAGGAGGACGAAGCGAAGGGCUGGAAGAGCUUCACGCUGAAAGAGACGCAUGGGAAGGACGUAUACAUGCUAUUGACCAGCUCAAUCAUCCCUCGACCCAUCGCUUUCAUCUCGUCGUUGUCGGCCCAGGAUGUACCCAACCUUGCGCCUAUGAGUUUCUCUCUCCAGUUGGCGCACGACCCGCCAAUGAUUGGCGUGUCGUUCGCAAUCUUCCGUGGCAUCGGAAAGGAUACACGUGAUAACAUUUUGGCGACGAAGACAUUUACUGUCAACCUCAUCAGCGAGCCUUUCUUGGAGGCCGCCAAUGCCUGCUCGAUCGACGCGCCGAAGGAAGUUGACGAAUGGCUUGUCAGCGGCCUCACUCCCGAGCCGAGUACUAUCGUCAAGCCGGCGCGAGUCCGAGAAAGCGCUGUCAGCUUCGAAUGCGAGCUCUUCCAACACCACGAUCUCGUCUCUAACUACGGCCCCGAGAUGACGAACACGUUUGUCAUGGGUAGCAUCAAGAUGAUGCACGUCCGCAACGCGGUGUUGUCUCCGGACGGCGUCAACGUCGACCCCGCCAAGCUGCGUGCCAUGUCCCGCCUGGGC